CCCCACCCUCUUAGCUCGGACUAGAGUUGCUAUGACGAUAUUUGUCAACAAAGGUGAUUCGCCUCUUUGCAGUACAGUGACAAAACAACGAAUGUUUCGCAAUGUUGCUGGCCUCAUAACAUCGAAUCCCAAAACAUCUGUUGUAAGCCCGAUUGUGUUAUUACCGAUAUAGAAGCACUAUUAGUCACUUUUGGCAUCAGAGGAUAGAAUUAUGACCCACCUUUUGGGUCGCCAGGACUGUGUGGAUAGUCUGCGGAGAGAUCUAACGGAUAUUCAGGGAGCUGUUUUGGACGUGCUUUCCUGUACCGGUCCGGUUCGAUUUCCUUCAUGGAAAUUUCCAGAUAAGAUGUCCUGCAAUUUAGACUUGGCAUCACUUUUGGAGCACUACGACUUUGUGGAGGGGGAAGAAGAAUUUAAUCAGCACUCGCACGUCGUUCUGCUGGAGCUGAUGAUCGACAGACUGAUGCUCCUGCUUCAGAGUUCGAAUGCCCAUGCAGAGGUGAUAUUGGGGGUGCGGAGGAGUGGCUCACAACGUCAUUCUGUAUCCCUCGGCUUGGUGGUGAGACGCUACUGGCAGAACCUGCUGCAGCUGAGCUGUCUUCAUCUUAAGGAGGGGCAAACUAACAAGUGCGAGAAGGAAGAAUCACCUGUAGAGGGUGUUGGUGAACAGCUGAAGAGUGAGUGUGAGCUGAAGAGCACCUUUAUCCAAAGGCAAGAGUCAUCUGUGUGCCAGAGGGGCUACACCUACUGCCCCGAAUCUGCCUCCCGAGACAUGUGCUCUGUGGGUUGCCAGACGGUGGCGUCGUCUCCGCUACCCUGCCACGCCUGUUCUCACAUGCAGCAUAGCCUGCGGGUGACGAGUGACACCCUGAGCAGCAUAUGCCAGAGACUGGGCCUGCCAUCCUGCCUGAGCUCCUUCCUGGAAGAGGUGCACAGUUCCCUGGAGCCUGGACAGCUCUCUGUGCCCGAUAUGGCUCAGUGGGCUGCCCAGCAGAGCCGAGACCUGGGUCGACUGGGGAAGUACCUAGCCCAGCUGCAGGAUACCAUCCAUCCCCUGAAGGACAGCCUAGCUACUCUGGAAGGGGAACGAGGGAAGCUGAAGAUCCAGCUAGAGCAGGCAGAGAGGUCACUGGCCCAGCAGAGUGAAGAGCACCAGGCUAGCCUGGAGAAUAUUGAAGUGAAGCUCCAGAAGGUCCAGGCCAAGGGAGACGAGGCCAAGAGUAGACUGCAAGGAGAUCUGGAGGAAAUGAGACUUGAAAAUUUGUCUUUGAAAGAAAGAAACUCAAAACUCAAGGCAGAACUUUGCAACUGCAGUUUGCAGCUGGAUAAAAUGCACAGCGCUGCGCAUGAAAGGGACCGGCUCCAGUGGGAGGUGCAGGCCAAGCAAGAGAAGCUUGAGGAGCUCAAGGAGCAGAUUCACACCCUCCAGACCCAACUAGCUGGCCAGCAGCUUCUGCUGGACAAAGAGAGCGCCAAGUAUGAGAGUGCCUGUCGACAGCAGGAGGCAACACAGGCCAAGCAAAGGGCCCUCCUGGAGCGUGUUGAUGCCCUGGACAGGGAGUGUGUGGACCUGCAGGGGAGGCUGGGUCAGAUGGAGGAGAGCCGGGCAGAGCUGCAAGGGAAGCUAAGGUCGACUGGAGAGGAGAAGGAGCUGCUUCAGGCUCAGCUUAGCCAACAGCAGGUCCUCGGUGUGCAGCUGCAGGAGGAAGCUCAGGCUCUGAGGGUGUGUGUGAAGCAGCUCCGGGGGGAGCUGGAGGAGCAGAGGCAGCGGGAAAGGCUGCUGGUGGCCUACCCUGAGCUGUGCCCCCCCACCCAGGGGUCCCCACAGAGCACAGGUGAUGUACUAGGGGACAUGGAGCAGCAGCUGCGUUCCAACAUGCUGCGGAUUGGUGUCCUGGAACAGGAGAAUGCCACCCUGAGUGCCAGCUUGGCACAGCUGAGGGAGAAAGGACAGCAUGGGGACUGCAGAGUCACAGGGGACUCACCUUACCAGCUACGGCCCCACUGCCCAGCUAAAACCCCAGAGGAGAGCCAGGGGCGCUGGCACCCCAGUCCGGAGGGCUUCUCUUUCCAUCCACAGGGGGGCGUGAGUCAGCAAGGGGCUGGACUUAGAGAUGGCAUUCACGCCCUUGAGAGAGGCCCCAUGUUCACUGUGCUGCACUGUCAGGCUGUGGAGCUGCUUCUGCCAGCAGAGGAACAAGCCGCUGAGAGCUGCAGCAGGAUCCGUGCUGCUGCUCAGACCCACUGCGCUGCCCCACGCCGCAAACAGAACUGAUGUUACCCAGCUGAAGGGGACUGUGCAGGAACAAGGACAACACAGAUGCAUGGCUGUUAGGGUGGUUCUUAAGUAUGCAUCAAAAAUAAAAUUGGAGGAUUCCUUAGGUCUCACCCUCUAAUACUGUCAGGGGCAACAAAAGAAGUAUUUCUCCAAAGUUUGAGUGAUUUGGGUGCCUAUUUAGGGGUCGCUCAAGCAGAACAAAGUUAUCGUUAAUACCGAAAUUCUGAGUAAAGGUGAAAUAUAGAUCUAUCAAACGUUAUUUUUUACCAGUUUUUACAUAACUUAACAACACUACAACAGUUGUUUGUGUUGAAAUCACUGAACAUGAAGCAGUGCUCACAAAUAAUGAAUUUAUUGUUAGUUACUGACAAUUUGUUUGUCAAAAUCAGUGAAAAUGUGCACUGCAGCUCUUAGUAACGUCAUUCACUUUCCAUUCCACCAACUGUUUCCAUUCAACUGAACACAGUAUUUCUAAAGACAACUGAAACAAACUUGAAACUGUAAGCACUGUAGGAAAAUAAUGUCGUACACAGCUGCUAACACUACUACUGUGCAGAGCCAUUCGCACCAUCAGAGCUCUUUACUUAACUCCUCUGCACCGGUGAAGAAAACAUAAAAAAAAAUUAUGUUUAUUAUCUAUAUUGUUUUAUUUAUAUUCUAUUUUAUGUUUAAUUGAGCAGUCACAUACGAGAGAAGCCUGCCAUUUGAGUCUGUGGUGAAAUAUUUUAAGGUGCUAGAUAUUUGUUCUGUUCUUUACUACAUAUGAUGAUGCCGAUUAUAAUAAUAAUCGAUACUUUAUUGAUCCCCGUGGGGAAAUUGUCUUUACACCUCCUCCACCUUGCUCUUUGUAGAGUAAGCUGCCCGUGAAGGGCAGCCACCUGAUGCGGCGCCCAGGGAGCUGGCUGUUAAGGGCUUUGGGGCACCCAGGGAGCUGGGUGUUAAGGGCCUUGGGGCACCCAGGGAGCUGGCGGUUAAGGGCCUUGGGGUGCCCAGGGAGUUGGGGGUUAAGGGCCUUGGGGCGCCCAGGGAGCUGGGAGUUAAGGACCUUGGGGUGCCCAGGGAGCUGGGGGUUAAAGGCCUUGGGGCGCCCAGGGAUCUGGGGGUUAAGGGCCUUGGGGCGCCCAGGGAGCUGGGAGUUAAGGACCUUGGGGUGCCCAGGGAGCUGGGGGUUAAAGGCCUUGGGGUGCCCAGGGAGCUGGGGGUUAAAGGCCUUGGGGCGCCCAGGGAUCUGGCGGUUAAGGGCCUUGGGGCACCCAGGGAGCUGGCGGU